UGGUUCCAAUUGUUCAUCAAACUUAACUUUGCUGGAAUUACUAAAAAUGUCUAUGUUUGUGUAUCGGGUAUUGGCACAAAAUGAAUAGCAAAAACUGAAAAUAACGUAGCUCAAGGACCUGUUUAACAUGAAUAGAGCUAAGUGUCUUUACGCGAAUAGAGCUAAGAAAAAGGGAAUAUUUCCUUAGAAGCACAUCCUGCAAUCCGUGAUGCCGCUCAGUCAUUAAUGCUAUACGAAGAAUAUUGAUUAUGACCAUGUCUAUAAACGUUUUAUCUUCGUUUCAUUUAUACAAUCCUUGUCGGAAACUCAUUAAAAUGAAUAAAGACAAACUGCUUAUUUCAGUGUCAGAGCUACCAACAUUGCGCUGCAACUAAGACUAUAUCUACAGUGGAAGUUCCAACAACUACCAUGACAUCUUUCACCUCUGCGCUAACAACCCAGACCCCAACUCAUUCAACUACUGAAAACCCAACUACUACCAUGACAUCCUCAACAUCUGAACCAACAACCCAGACCCCAACUCGUUCAACUACUGAAAAUCCAACUUCUACCACGGCAGCUGUCACCUCUGCACUUACAACCCAGACCCCAACUCGUUCCACUACUGAAAACCCAACUACUACCACGGCAGCUGUCACCUCUGCACUUACAACCAACUUCCCAACUCAUUCAACUACUGAAAACCCGACUACUACCACGACGACUUCAACCCCUGAGCCAGCAACCCCUACUCCAGCUUAUUCAACUACUACCACGACAACUUCCACCUCUGCGCCAACAAUCCCCCUACCAACUCAUUCAACAACUGAAAACCCAACUACGAUCACGACAGCCUUAACCCCGGCGCCAACAACCGUAACCCAAACUCAUUCACCUACUGAAAACUUAACUUCAGCUUCGUCAACAUCCGCCAUCCCUACUCCUCUAACAACUGAAAUCCUAACUACUCCCUCUACAGCACGUGGAACCAAUACAACGUCUCCCACCACAAAAUCCACAAGUACCACAAUGCCAGCCAUCACGGCACAAUCUACAACCACAAUACAAGCCACUACUUCACAGACAACGACAACCCGAUCUACCACCACCUCUCCAACUAGCCCUUCGCCAACAACAACCACGGCUCUAUCCAACACCGCAACGCAAGCCAACACUAAAACGGUCAUUACUACCACAGCGUCAUACGUCACGAAAUCGCCGUCCUCCACAACACAGUCAAUGGCCUUGACACCACCCACCACUUCGUCGCUUACUACAAUAACACAGCCGACAGCAACCACUUCUCAAACUACCAAUGGAGUGUCAACAACUACCACAGCGCCAACCACUAUCAAAUUGUCCAAACCUACAAAUGGAUAUCUCGAGACUACAACGGCAACAGGCCACAUCGCAACCCACAAUAAUCCCAGAACCACCAAUAAAACUACGACAUCAACAGCAGCCACUAGUACAACGGCAACCGACACUACCGAAACUCGCACAACACUAACUACCGCCAAAUCGGUUACAGCAUCAGUAGAUGUGCUGCUGUCUGUCGUUCAGCGAAAAGGUGAAUACAUCGGCUCGAGUGUGUCCUGUAGCUACACCUGCACGUUUAAGAUUGACACGCACCUCACCGAGAUGGAGCGUGUACAGAUCCUAAAGCAGAAGAUUGCGUUAUUAAAACGACAGCUGGCGGUGAACAAAACCCAACUGUCAUCCACGAGACGAAGGAAGACGAGUGCCGUCGACGACAGACCUUCCGCGGCUGUGAUUGGCUUUAUGGGUGUAACUGUUUACGGCGUGUUUUCGGCGUUGAUCCUCCUUUUUGAUUUACCAUUAUUUUUACGUGGAUGCCUCCAAACGUGUGUGAAUAUCAGAAACACGUCUUAUCGACAUGUUUAAGGGGCUAAGAAAAACAACCAUUUAGAUUUCAACCGUGAAUUUGCAUUAUGGAAUGCACUUUUCACAUCUUCUGUAAAUUGUACAGAUAAAUACAUUAUAUUGUAUUCAUAUACCUCUAUCGGGUUCCUUACGAUGUUAGGGACCACGGAACCAAAUGGUUUCCCAUAGACGGUAAUGUUAACGUUUACCACUGUACUGCUUAAAUGGAGUUUUCAACACUGGU